UAAGAAGUGGAUAGAAAAGAAUCAGAAGAAGAACGAGAAACGUACAGCAGUAAAACCCUAACUGAGCUUCAAAUCCUGCAAAAUAGAACAAAUUAACUGAACUCUUCUUCAAAUCCCAUAAACGAAGGAUGCACUACUUCACGUCUCUUCAUCAUGCUCCCAAAAUUCUAACUAUUUAUUCCAGUUUACAGAAGCUUGAAAUCACAAAUCGUUACUUCCUUCUUCAGUUAAGAAAGAAGUUGGAAUUAUUUUGGGAUUUUCUCUGUAUGCUGCCAAAUCGAAGACCAGCCAGUGAGAAAGUCAAAAGUUUGCCAGGAAAUAUGACAAGGGGAAGAGGCAUCAAACGUAGUUGGGGAGGCCGUGGGGGCAUAACUAACAAAGGAGGAGGAGGCAGCAAGCAACCACCAGACAUUUCUCAAAAGGAUGUUAGUGAAUCAUCAAUUCCCACAUCUCAGCAAGUUGGUUUAAACCAGUGUAUUGUCUCAUCACAUGAAACCAGUGUACAUACAUCUCAAGAAGCCGAUGCUCAACAAAUAAAUACUCCUGAAAAUGUUGGUGGUCAACAAGAAGCUCCUACUUCUCUAGAUCUUGGACGACAAGAAACACCUUUUUCUCAUACUAUUGGUUCUCAACAAGAAACUCCAACUCAAGAUGUUUCUCCUGAACAAACACUCGCAUCUUUUGAAAGUAGUAAUCCACAGGGCAGACAAGAUACACUUGGUGGCAUAAAAUCCUUGAGAGUAAAUGGAGAUACAUUCUGCCCACAUGAGGCUGUUCGAGAUGUGGUGUUUGCCUUUAAAAAAAGCUUCUCUGGACCAUGGCAUUGUUGGAGCAAAGUUCCAGAGCAUGUACGAGACAAAUGGUUUAAUGAUUUUGAGAAGAAUUAUUCUUUUUCUGCUGAAGAUAAAGUACUUGUUCGAAAAACUUUUAACCGGGUGGGUAGUGAAAGAUUGAGUGACAGUUUGGGAAAAGCAAAGAGGACAUUUUUAAGAAAAAAGAAAAUACCAAAGUGGAUUGCUCAAGUUCACUGGGAUAGUUUGAUGCAAUAUUGGAACUCUGACGGUUUUCAGAAAAUAUCAGCAAUCAACUCAAAGAAUAAAAUGUCAUCUAAUAACGGAGAAGGUCCUUCCUUACAUACUGGAGGAUCAGUUGCAUUUUCUGAGUACAGAAGAAGACAUGUAAAAGGAACUAACUGGUAAAGAGCUUCGGAACGAUGAAUUAUUUCUAAUGACUCACAAAACCAAAAACGAAAAGAAGUGGAUCUGUGGAAAGUCAGAAAGGAUGUGGGUA